AGAUAAACAGCCAAUGCGUUGGGCCGUCAGCGUUCCUGAACCUCCCGCCGCGCGCAAGCCCACCACUCCUGACACUCUCAUCACAAGCCCGAUCCGGGAACCGUUGUGUCGCUCCUCCCUCGCCUUCCCCCCGUGCCUACCGUAAUAUCUGCAGCACGCCGCCGCCCCUUCCUCGACGCCGGCCGCUCCUCCUCUCCUUUUGACGUCAAGAAGAUACCUUCUCCCAGACUCUUUUUCGAUAUCCAUUGAGCCCUCCACCACCCCGUACCACCCCCAUUCCACCCAAUACCGCCACCCGUCAAUUCCUGCACCAUGCGUCCCGAGGUCGAGCAGGAGCUUUCCCACACGCUCCUCAUUGAGCUGCUCGCAUACCAGUUCGCCUCGCCUGUGAGGUGGAUUGAGACUCAAGAUGUGGUGCUCGGUGAGAAGACCACCGAGCGCAUCGUCGAAAUCGGCCCUGCGGACACCCUCGGCGUGAUGGCGAAGCGGACACUGGCGUCCAAAUACGAGGCUCAUGAUGCGGCCCUGUCCGUGCAGAGGCAGAUUCUGUGCUACAACAAGGACGCAAAAGACAUCUACUACGACGUAGACCCGGUGGAGGAAGAACCAGAGCCCGCGGCGUCGGGCAGCGGAGAUGCCCCAGCAACUCCCUCCCCGACAGCAGCUCCGACGACAGCAGCACCGGCAGCGGCCCCCCCACCAGCGAGUGCGGGCCCCGCAGCACAGGUGCCAGAUGCUCCAGUGACUGCAACCGAUAUCCUCCGCGCAUUGGUGGCCCAGAAGUUGAAGAAGCCUCUGUUGGACAUUCCCCUAAGCAAAGCCAUCAAAGAUUUGGUCGGAGGAAAAUCUACCCUCCAAAACGAAAUUCUCGGUGACUUAGGCAAGGAGUUCGGCUCAACCCCCGAGAAGCCAGAAGAUACCCCCCUAGACGAGCUCGGUGCUUCGAUGCAGGCUACCUUCAAUGGUCAGCUUGGGAAGCAGUCCUCCUCCCUCAUUGCCCGAAUGGUGUCGUCUAAGAUGCCUGGGGGCUUCAACAUCACAGCCGUGCGAAAGCACUUAGAGACUAGAUGGGGACUAGCAUCCGGCCGCCAAGACGGUGUUCUAUUGCUCGCUCUCACCAGUGAGCCAGCAUCGCGUCUUGGCUCGGAAAACGAUGGGAAGGCGUGGUUGGACGAAAUGACCAACAAAUAUGCGGCUCAGGCUGGAGUCAACUUGUCUGCUCCUUCGGCUGGCGGCGAUGCCGGCGGUGCAGCGGGAGGCAUGAUGAUGGAUCCCGCUGCCAUCGACGCCCUCACGAAAGACCAGCGAAUGCUAUUCAAGCAACAACUAGAGCUUUUUGCAAGGUAUCUUAAGAUGGACCUCCGUGCCGGCGACAAGGCUUUUGUUGGAUCACAAAAAGCUGCAUCCGCUCUCCAAGCUCAACUGGACCUCUGGACCGCAGAACAUGGCGACUUCUAUGCCUCUGGUAUCGAACCGCAGUUCACUUCCCUGAAAGCUCGUGUCUACGACUCCUCGUGGAAUUGGGCCCGCCAGGACGCUCUCAGCAUGUACUACGAUAUCAUCUUCGGCCGCCUCAAGGCUGUGGAUCGAGAGAUUGUCAGUCGUUGCAUCAACAUCAUGAACCGAUCGAACCCCCUUCUUCUCGAUUUCAUGCAAUAUCACAUCGACCACUGCCCCACGGAACGAGGCGAGACAUAUGAGCUCGCCAAAGAACUCGGCCAGCAGCUCAUUGAGAACUGCAAAGACGUUCUCAAUGAGGCUCCCGUCUACAAAGAUGUUGCUAUACCCACUGCACCCCAUCUUGAAAUCGACGCCAAGGGCAACAUGAACUAUACCGAAACCCCAAGGGCUAGCGUCCGCAAGCUGGAGCACUAUGUCCGAGAAAUGGCCGAAGGAGGCAAGCUCUCCGAGUACGGCAACCGCACCAAGGUCCAGAAUGAUUUGCAGCGGAUCUACAAACUCAUCAAGCAGCAGCACAAGCUUUCUAAGUCCUCUCAACUGCAGAUUAAGAGUCUUUACAGCAAUGUCAUUCGCUCACUUUCCAUGAACGAAGGCCAGAUUAUGCCGAGCGAGAAUGGCAAGGCUAUCAAUGGCCAGGGGAAGAAGGGCAGGAACGGCCGCGUCCAUGCUCCCAUGAAGCAAGGAAAGGUCGAAACAAUUCCAUUCCUUCAUCUGAAGAGGAAGGAUGACCAUGGCUGGGAGUACAGCAAGAAGCUGACUGGCAUCUAUCUAGAUGGUCUGGAGAAUGCUGCCAAGUCUGGUGUCAGCUUCCAGGGUAAAAAUGCUCUCAUGACUGGUGCUGGUGCUGGAUCAAUUGGCGCUGAAGUCCUCCAGGGCUUGAUCAGUGGUGGUGCCAAGGUUGUCGUCACUACGUCUCGAUUCUCUCGAGAAGUUAAUGAGUACUAUCAGUCUAUGUACACUCGCUACGGUGCCCGUGGCUCUCAACUCAUCGUUGUACCAUUCAACCAAGGAAGUAAGCAGGACGUUGAGGCAUUGGUCGACUACAUCUUCGAUCCUAAAAAGGGCCUUGGCUGGGAUCUAGACUACAUUGUUCCUUUCGCCGCCAUCUCCGAGAAUGGCCGCGAGAUUGAUGGCCUUGAUUCGAAGUCCGAGCUUGCUCACCGGAUAAUGUUAACCAACCUUCUCCGACUCCUAGGAUGUGUCAAAGCGCAUAAACAAGCCAACGGCUACGAGACUCGCCCUGCUCAGGUUAUUCUUCCCCUCUCCCCCAACCACGGCACUUUCGGUAACGACGGCAUGUACGCCGAGUCCAAGAUUGCUCUCGAGACGCUCUUUACCCGAUGGCACUCUGAGAGCUGGGGCAGCUUCCUCACUAUUUGUGGCGCCGUUAUCGGCUGGACUCGUGGCACUGGUCUCAUGGCUGGUAACAACAUUGUCGCCGAAGGCAUCGAGAAGUAUGGCGUACGCACCUUCUCUCAGCAAGAAAUGGCCUUCAACCUACUUGGCCUCAUGGCUCCCCCGAUCGUCAAUCUCUGCCAGGUCGAACCCGUCUGGGCUGACCUCAAUGGCGGCUUCCAAUACAUUCCCAACCUUAAGGAUCUCAUGACUGAUCUCCGAAAGGAGCACAUGGAGACUAGCGAGGUUCGCAAAGCCGUGAUCAAAGAGAAUGCCAUCGAGAACAAAAUCAUCAAUGGCGAAGCAAGCGAGGCUUUGUACAAGAAGGCCACUAUUCAACCCAGGGCGAACUUGAAAUUCGACUUCCCUAAAGUUCCCGACUGGGAAACUGAAAUCAAGCCACUCAACCCCGACCUAAAGGGGAUGGUCGAUCUUGAGAAGGUCGUUGUUGUUACUGGUUUUGCCGAAGUCGGACCUUGGGGUAAUUCAAGAACCCGCUGGGAGAUGGAGUCUUCCGGCGAGUUUUCGCUCGAAGGCUGUGUUGAAAUGGCAUGGAUCAUGGGGCUCAUCAAGAACCAUAAUGGUCCCAUCAAGGGCAAGAGCUACUCGGGCUGGGUUGAUGCCAAGACCGGUGAACCAGUGGAAGAUAAAGAUGUCAAGGCCAAAUACGAGAAAUAUAUCCUAGAACACUCUGGUAUUCGUCUAAUCGAGCCGGAGCUGUUUAACGGGUAUGAUCCGAACAAGAAACAACUUCUCCAAGAGAUUCAGAUCGAAGAAGACCUGGAUCCCUUUGAGGCUUCCAAGGAGACCGCUGAUGAGUUCAAGCGUCAGCACGGCGACAACGUGGAGAUUUUCGAAAUUACAGAGUCUGGUGAAUUCACUGUUCGCCUGAAGAAAGGUGCCACGCUCCUCAUCCCUAAGGCUCUUCGCUUCGACCGUCUUGUUGCCGGCCAAAUCCCCACAGGCUGGGACGCUAAGAAGUAUGGUGUUCCCGAUGACAUCAUCUCCCAGGUUGACCCCGUCACGCUCUUUGUUCUUGUCUCGACUGCAGAAGCUCUUCUCUCCAGCGGUAUCACCGACCCGUACGAGUUCUAUAAGUAUGUCCACAUCUCUCAAGUCGGCAACUGCAUCGGUUCUGGAAUUGGUGGCACGAAUGCUCUCCGAGGCAUGUACAAGGACCGCUUCCUCGACAAGCCACUCCAAAAGGAUAUUCUUCAGGAAUCUUUCAUCAACACCAUGAGCGCUUGGGUCAAUAUGCUGCUCCUCUCUUCUACUGGUCCUAUCAAAACCCCUGUCGGUGCUUGUGCCACCGCUGUUGAAUCCCUCGACAUUGGUUAUGACACUAUCGUUGAGGGUAAAGCUCGCGUCUGCUUCGUUGGUGGUUUCGAUGACUUCCAAGAGGAAGGCUCUUAUGAAUUCGCCAACAUGAAAGCCACCAGCAACGCGGAAGACGAAUUUGCUCAUGGUCGGACACCAAAGGAGAUGUCCCGCCCAACCACUACUACUAGGGGCGGCUUCAUGGAAUCUCAAGGAUGUGGUUUGCAAGUCAUCAUGGAUGCCAAGCUAGCUCUAGAUAUGGGUGUCCCCAUUUAUGGUAUUCUUGGUUUCACUGCUACAGCUACCGACAAGAUUGGCCGAUCCGUCCCCGCCCCUGGCAAGGGUGUUCUCACGACCGCUCGUGAGAUGCCAUCCAAAUUCCCAUCGCCUUUGCUCGAUAUUAAGUACAGAAAGAGACAGAUGGAUCUCCGACGCCGCCAAAUCAAACAGUGGCAGGAGUCAGAACUUCUGUAUCUCCAGGAGGAGGUUGCUGCGAUGAAGGAUACAGUUGAACAGUUCAAUGAAUCCGAGUACAUGCAGGAGCGUGCCGCUCAUAUCGAGCGAGAAGCCAAGCGACAGGAGAAAGAAGUUCUGAACAGCCUAGGUAACAACUUCUGGAAACAGGAUCCUCGUAUUGCUCCUCUCCGCGGUGCCCUCGCCACGUGGGGCCUCACAAUCGACGACCUGGGUGUUGCCUCAUUUCACGGUACCUCGACCGUUGCUAACGACAAGAACGAAUCGGAUGUCGUCUGCCACCAGAUGCGUCAUCUUGGCCGUGCCAAAGGGAACGCACUGCUUGGCAUCUUCCAGAAAUACCUCACUGGCCACCCUAAAGGUGCGGCCGGUGCCUGGAUGUUCAACGGCUGUUUGCAAGUGCUCAACUCUGGUCUCGUUCCCGGCAACCGUAACGCCGACAAUGUUGACAAGGUCAUGGAGCAAUUCGACUACAUUGUCUAUCCUUCGCGCACCAUCCAGACCGACGGCGUCAAGGCCUUCUCAGUCACUUCAUUCGGUUUUGGCCAGAAGGGCACCCAGGCCAUUGGUAUUCAUCCCAAGUACCUCUUUGCCACUCUUGACCACGCUCAAUAUGCCACCUAUAAGCUAAAGGUCGAGGCUCGUCAAAAGAAGGCCUACCGAUACUUCCAUGACGGUCUCAUCAACAACACGAUGUUCCGUGCCAAGGACAAAGCGCCGUACGAGGAAGAGAAGAUGCAAGAAGUCUUCUUGAACCCGCACGCUCGCGUUACGAUCGACAAGAAGACGGCUCAGUAUGCCUACCCUGCGAAGGUUGAAGCACCGAAGAAGGAUGCCAAAUCUGAAGAGACGAGGAAGAUGGUGGAGUCGCUCACUCAGGCUUCUGCUACACAAAAUACUAAGAUCGGCGUCGACGUCGAAACUGUGGGCUCGAUUAAUAUCGAAAAUGAGACUUUCCUUGAACGCAACUUCACAGACAGCGAGAUUGCGUACUGCCAGAAGGCGGGCAGUCCACAGGCUAGCUUUACUGGUAAGUGGUCAGCGAAGGAGGCUGUCUUCAAAUCUCUCGGUGUCAAAGGAAAGGGUGCAGGUGCAUCGUUGAGAGAGAUUGAAAUCGUCAACGAUGAGACGGGAGCGCCAACCGUUAAGCUUCAUGGUUUCGCUGAGCAGGAAGCAAAGAGGGUCGGUGUCAAGAAGCUCAGCGUCAGCAUAAGCCACUCGGAUGAACAGGCGGUCGCUGUAGCUGUAGCUUCAUUUUGAAGAAGUGUAACCGUAAUGAUUAUCGUCUUGUGUUUCUUUAGGAACAGAGGCAUAGAUAUUGGGGCUGGCUAUCUGAAUACGCCACCCGACAAGGGGUUUUAGAAGGUCUUUGAAGGGGUAGGGGCUGUGCUGUCCCUACCAAAAAAGGUCAGUUUACAGAAGCUAUCUAUUUAUGAAUAGAGGCGUAAUAUUCUUCCUAGCUAGUUGGUGUGGGUGGUUCGUCCUUGGGGCAUUGCCAGUACUGGCCAUGUCUUUUCCUUGUUCGAUACGUGAAGCACUGGAAAGAUAAAUUUCUAGUUCGAAAAAGUUCAUUCACUGUUGCUCCCAC